GGUUGGUAUUCGCAAAGCACUGUGGGUAGAGUCAGUCAGAUGAUCCUCGCCUCUGCUGUGAGACAGUUACUGGUACGGCUGCUCUGUUACAGACUGUUAGCCACUGAAGAAAUCACACACGUUUAAAGCCAUGAGGCACCUGCUCUUCCUCCCGGCCCUUCUGCUGCUGCUGGCCCUGCCGGACACUAGAGGGCGCUACAAUGAUGACUUUGAUGAUGGUGAGGACAUUGCCGAGUUUGAUGACAAUGACUUUGCUGAAUUUGAAGAUGUCAGUGAGGAUCCAGAAGUUGAUGUGGAGAAAGAGCCACCCCCACGAGCAGCCCCUUCAUCCACACCGGUAGAGGAUGAUGAAGACGAGGCCACAGUGGAGAAUGAGGAUGGCCAGGAUGAGUUUGAGGAUGGUGAUGCACAAGAUCAAGACAUGUACAGCAAGUUUGACAAUGAGGAGUUUGAGGGCUACGAGAAGACCAACCCCUCCUUUAAAGACACUCUUAUUUACAGAGAGGUCCCAGCACACUUGCAGAACAGUUGGGAGAGUUAUUACAUGGAAAUCUUGAUGGUCACUGGUCUCCUAGCCUAUAUUAUGAACUAUAUAAUUGGAAAAAACAAGAACAGCAGGCUCGCCCAGGCAUGGUUCAAUUCCCACAGAGAACUUCUCGAGAGCAACUUUGCCCUUGUUGGUGAUGAUGGUACCAGUAAGGAGGCCACCAGUACGGGAAAGCUUAAUCAGGAGAAUGAGCACAUCUAUAACCUGUGGUGCUCGGGACGUGUCUGCUGUGAAGGAAUGCUAAUUCAGCUAAAGUUUCUGAAAAGACAGGAUCUGCUGAAUGUUUUGGCACGGAUGAUGAGACCAGCAUGUGAUCAAGUACAAGUUAAAGUUACUCUGAGUGACGAUGACAUGGAUACAUUUGUGUUUGCCGUGGGGAGUCGGAAGGCCAUGGCACGACUGCAGAAGGAGAUGCAGGACUUGAGUGAGUUCUGCGGGGAUAAGCCCAAGUCAGGGGCUAAAUAUGGCCUCACUGACUCUCUGAACAUCAUAUCAGAGAUGGGGGAGGUCACGGAUGGAGUGAUGGACAACAAGAUGGUACAUUACCUCACCAAUCAUGCUGACAAGAUUGAGUCCAUCCAUUUUUCGGACCAAUUUUCUGGUCCAAAAGUUAUGCAAGAGGAGGGUCAGCCCUUAAAGCUGCCAGAGACCAAGAAAACACUGCUGUUUACAUUUAAUGUGCCUGGGAUGGGUAACACGUCUCCCAAAGAUAUGGACAGUCUGCUUCCUCUGAUGAACAUGGUGAUCUACAGCAUCGACAAAGUCAAGAAGCUCCGCCUCAAUAGAGAGGGGAAGCAAAAAGCUGACAGGAACCGUGCUCGUGUGGAGGAGAACUUUCUGAAGCAGACUCACGCUCAAAGACAGGAGGCUGCUCAGACACGCCGGGAAGAGAAGAAGAGAGCGGAGAAAGAGAGGAUCAUGAAUGAGGAGGAUCCAGAGAGACAGCGCCGCUUAGAGGAAGCUGCACAACGUCGCGAGCAAAAGAAGUUGGAGAAGAAGCAGAUGAAAAUGAAGCAGAUCAAGGUGAAAGCCAUGUAAGCAGAGGGCGGCACACCUACGUAGUCAUUAGAUAAAUAAUCUACUACUUCCGUAGCUCCUGCUUGCACCUGCCAAUGUGCACUCAAUUACAAGGUCUUAUAUGAAUGUGCUUGCCAUUCUAUUGGCUGCUACUGUUCCCAUAGAAACACUCUGUCCAAUCAGAAUGAAGAAAGCACAUUUACAUUUAGUCAUUUAGCAGAUGCUUUUAUCCAAAGCGACUUACAGAUUAGACAAAUAGCAAUCAAUUUGUCAUAUAAAGUUUAACAACAUCUGCAGUAUGGGACUGCCAAGAUCUCACAGUUGCUGGAGUAGUAAAGAUGCUAGUACAAAAGAAAGAGACAGACAAGGAAUUAUUUAUUUAUUUUUGUACAUUUAACUUAAGAGCAGUAGUAAGUGCAAAUAAUGUGGGCUGGUUAAGUGCUUGCGGAACAGAUGUGUUCAAAACUGCUCAGAUGUGCAGCUGGUUAAGGAGGAAAUGUGAUCUUUUAAAGACAGCUGGAUGGGAAAUAUGUGUGUUUAAAAGCCAUUUGAAAGGUUACUGUAGAAGUCAUUUAGUUUAAGAAUUGGUGUUCUAAAUAAUUGCAUGGCAGAUUUUAAUCGAAAAAAAGUAUGAAUCUUGAGCAUGUUGGCCAGGCAAUAUUUUGCUUUCUUGCUGGAUUUGCCAUAAUAAACUGGUCCUUUGAGCCCCAUCAAACCAGCAUCACACUUAAGCCAUUAUUUUCCGAUUCAGUUGUCUUCUGAAGUAAAGGGCCUUCCAUAACAGAAUUUUGUUGAGAGGAACUGCAUUUUCAUUUGAUUCUUUUCCCGUGGAUUUAAUUUAAUCUGUUUCAGCAUGCUUCUUUUUAAUUGGAAAAUCAGGGAGUUUUUAAAAGGAACUGGGUGGGUAAGUAAACUUUUUUUGUACAGUAGUUUUUUUUUUUUUUUUUGUUUUUUUUGAGAGUUCAUGAUUGCCACUCUUUUAUAAAUUAUUGGCCAGUCGUUGUUGUUUUUCUAUCUUUCUCAUUCUCUCUUUUUUUAUGAGCAUAGGUCCUUUGUGAGCACAAACUCCACCUGUAAUAGUAUUUAAUAGAGGAGACAUUUUUAUUUAUCUUUAAGUUAAAGGUUGAUCCGAUCAUCUAUGGGCUCAUAUGUUUAUGAAAGAACAUUGACUGUAACACUUGUUUUGUAAGAUUUGUUAAAGAGAGCGCAAAACUAAAUAAAUCUUUCA